UAGCCACCCUCCCCGGUACUGAAACGCCGACGAGCCAGGCGGUGAUUGGACGAACCACGAGCGGCAUAACUGCAACUCCCAGCUAGCGGCUGCAGUGAAGGAAGAGACGCAGGGGUAUCAUCGUCGCAGCCCUCGCAGAUUAUACGAAAACAAACUAAGCAUUUACAACAAGCUUGUUCUAAUAAUAAUAAAAAAGAAACCUAUGCAUGUGGGUGUGGACAUAGUGUCUGGGGUCUGUGGCUAGCUCUGUAGCUAGCUAGCAAGCCAGUAUCAGGGUUGUCUUUGUGAUCGAUAGUUAGCAAGCAGGCUAGCUAAAUUCAUUUUGGCUGAGCACGUCGCUGGCUAGCUACCUAGCAAGCUAGCUAGCUUGUUUAAGAAGCAACCGUACAGUAUAUUGAAGAAGAACGAGCCAACGGAAAGUCGGACCAAGCAUUAUUAGACGUCUCUGACAGGUCCCCUUCGGUAGCUUCGUGGCCGUGUCGCACAGUGACAGUCCCAACACAGUCGAUAUGGAAACACCAGGCAGGAUAACGCAGACACCAGACUCCGUGGACUUCACAGUGGAAAACGUAGAAAAGGCUCUUCACCAGCUAUAUUAUGACCCCAACAUUGACAAUAAGAACCUGGCCCAGAAGUGGCUCAUGCAAGCCCAGGUGUCUCCCCAGGCCUGGCAGUUCUGCUGGGCUCUGCUCAGCCCCGACAAGGUCCCUGAGAUCCAGUACUUUGGGGCCAGCGCUCUCCACACCAAGAUCUCCCGGUACUGGGGGGACAUCCCGGCCGAGCAGUACGACUCGCUGAAGACGCAGCUCUUCUCCCAGAUCGCCCGCUUCGCCUCGGGCUCCAAGAUGGUGCUGACUCUGUGCGUGGCGCUGGCCUCCCUGGCCCUCAACAUGAUGCCCGAGGCCUGGCCGGGCGCCGUGACGGAGAUGGUGCGCGUCUUCAAGGAGGGCGGAGGGGUGGACGGCCGGGCCCGCUGCCUGGCCCUGCUGGAGCUGCUGACCGUGCUGCCCGAGGAGUUCCAGACCAGCCGGCUGCCCCAGUACCGCAAGGGCCAGGUGCGGGGCGCCCUGGGCAGGGAGUGGUCCUCCGUCUCCCCCCUGCUCCAGCAGCUCCUGCGGCAGCCCGACUCCCCGGGCCUGGUGAAGGCGCGCGUGCUGAAGUGCCUCUCCAGCUGGGUGCUGCUGGACGUGCCCCGGGAGGUCGGGGGCCUGGUGGAGGACAGCUUCGCGGCGCUGGCCGACCCCGAGCUCUUCGACACCGCCGUGGAGGCCAUCGUCAACGCCAUCUCCCAGCCCGACUCCCAGAGGUACGUCAACACCCUGUUGAAGCUGGUUCCACAAGUGCUGCAGCUGCAGGACCAGCUGAGGGAGGCCGUGCAGAAUGGAGAUAUGGAGACUUCACACGGAAUCUGCCGUAUUGCUGUGGCCCUGGGGGAGAACCAUUCCAGGGCCCUCCUGGAGCAGGUGGAACACUGGCAGGGCUUCCUGGCCCUUGUGAACAUGAUCAUGUUCUGCACGGGCAUUCCUGGACACUACCCAGUCAACGAAACUACCAGCUCUCUCACACUCACCUUCUGGUACACCCUGCAGGACGACAUCAUGUCUUUCGAGGCGGAGAAGCGGGCGGUGUACCUGCAGGUGUACAGGCCCGUGUACUUCCAGCUGGUAGACGUCCUGCUGCACAAAGCCCAGUUCCCCACGGACGAGGAGUACGCCUCCUGGUCCUCAGAUGAGAAGGAGCAGUUCAGGAUCUACAGAGUGGAUAUCUCAGACACCCUGAUGUACGUGUAUGAGACGCUGGGAGCCGAGCUGCUCAGUAACCUGUAUGACAAGCUGGGGAGGCUGCUGACCAACACAGACCAGCCCAUGUCCUGGCAGCACACCGAAGCCCUGCUGUAUGGGUUCCAGUCCAUCGCGGAAACAAUUGACGUCAACUACUCUGACGUGAUACCUGGCCUCAUUGGCCUGAUUCCUCGAAUUAACAUCAACAACGUUCAGCUUGCAGACACGGUCAUGUUCACUAUAGGUUCUCUGGCAGAGUGGCUGGCCGAUCACCCGGUCAUGUUGAGCAGUGUCCUGCCGCUGGUGCUGGAGGCCCUGGGGAACCCUGACCUCUCUGUGUCCAGUGUCUCCACACUCAAGAAGAUCUGCCGCGAGUGCAAAUACGACCUGCCCCCCUACGCCACCAACAUCGUGGCCGUCUCACAGGAGGUGCUCAUCAAACAGAUCCAUAAGACCAGUCAGUGCAUGUGGCUGAUGCAGGCCCUGGGCUUCCUGCUCUCAGCCCUGCCGGUGGAGGACAUCUUGCGGAAUCUGCACUCGCUCAUCACUCCCUAUAUCCAGCAGCUGGAGAAGCUGGCUGAUGAGACGCCGAACCCCUCCAAUAAGCUGGCCAUCAUUCAUAUCCUGGGGCUCUUGUCCAACUUGUUCACCACACUGGAUAUCACAAAACAAGAGGACGAGUCGGGCGAGGGCACACCCCCUGUCAAAACCACCCUGCCGCAGUUGGGUCCCAACCCAGUGGUGGUGGUGCUCCAGCAGGUCUUUGCACUGAUCCAGACUGUCCUCAGCAAAUGGCUCAAUGACUCGCAGGUGGUUGAGGCGGUUUGUGCAAUCUUUGAGAAAUCGGUGAAGACGCUCCUCCACGAUUUUGCCCCUAUGGUGUCCCAGCUAAGCGAGAUGCUUGGCCAGAUGUACAGCACUAUCCCACAGGCCUCUGCUCUGGACCUCACGCGUCAGAUGGUCCACAUAUUUGCCAGUGAGACGGAUCACUUUCCCCCUAUCAAGGCCCUUUUUGAACUGGUAACAUCAGUCACCCUGUCCAUCUUUCAACAAGGGCCCAGGGAUCAUCCUGAUAUUGUUGAUUCAUUUAUGCAACUCCAAGCUCAGGCUCUCAAACGGAAACCCGAUUUAUACUUGUCUGAGAAUCUUGACGUGAAAGCUGUGUUCCAUUGCGGAGUACUGUCACUCAAGUUCCCCGAGGGCCCCACCGUCAAGUCCACUUGUCUUUUCUUCACGGAGCUGCUCCCUCACUGUGGAGACGUACCUCGUGUGGGGCAGGUGGUGCAGGAAGAUGGCAAGCUGCUGAUGCAGGCCGUGCUGGAGGCCAUCGGCGGCCAGUCCUCGCGCAGUCUGAUGGACCAGUUCGCGGAGGUGCUGUUCUCCCUGAAUAAGCACUGCUUCGCCCUGCUGACCGUGUGGCUGAAGGAGGUGCUGCAGGCGCCCGGCUUUCCCUCCACCCGCGUCUCGCCGGAACAGAAAGAGACCUUCAGCCAGCAGAUCCUCAGGGAGCGAGUGAACAAGCGGCGGGUGAAGGAGAUGGUGAAGGAGUUCACCCUGCUGUGCCGAGGGCUGCACGGCACCGAGUACGCUGCAGAAUACUGAACCGGCGCCGUCCUCAUCCAGAGCCCAAAGCGCCCAUCAGCCUCCCAGGCAGCCCCCACACAAAAACCCCACACUGGAGCGCAAAAGUCCCCCACAAAAAUCGACUGUCCCUACGGAAGCCUGGCACAGGCGGCGGCCAUUCUGGCUCGGUGCAGCCGCCCGGCUUGGAGAGGUGGAGCUUUCUCUGCUGUUCCUGUGUUGCUUUGGGGUUUUAUUUGUUAGGAAAUACCAAAAGGCUCUUCUUCAGCAGUCGCCUCUCCUGCAGCAUGCUCUAUAAAGUCUCACACUUUCUUACUCUUGAUCUUCCCUGGCUCCUAGGCUGUUUCCUUGUGAUAUGCAUACGUAUGUUAAAUAGUACUAGUUUUCUUUUUAUUUUUGGAAAGAAGCAAAUAAUUAUAUACACAUAUGAACACACACAGACACGCACAUAUAGAUAUAUAUAAAUUAUACAGACAUGCAUAUAUGCGUAUAUAUAUGUUUGUAUAUACAGGGUUUGAAAACAGUCCUGCUGCUGCUGCCACUGCUAACUGAAGGGGAAAAGGACAUGCAUUUCUGUGUUACAGGGCAAUGAUCCCACAGUACCAAACCACACACCCUCUUUUCCCUUGUUGCCAAAUUGUUGUUUAUUGUCACGUGAUGUAGGUUUUUUUUUUAUUUUUGAUAUAAAAGUAGAAUAUAUUGGAUCUGGUAUGUAACGGUAUAUAUGGAGUUGGCAGAGGGGGGAGAAAGUUGAAGCACUGCAGAAUCAAAGACUCGAUGCCUGCACUCCCACAACUAUCAAACUAAUCAUCUCUGGAAGUGAGCAGCUUUAACUGAGGAGCCUUCAUUUAGCUACGCUAUAUUAUGGACUUGAAGUUGAUGUGCAACUGCAUAAGAGUGUCCUGGCUUCAGAUUGGAGCAAAGGGGGAAGGGGGAGGGGUGUGAGACAAUGAGUGAAGGGAUGCAUUCUAACCGGACAGAGUAUCCAAUCACAUCACUAGUUCUAACCCCACUAAUCAUGCAGUGCCCACUGCAAAGCCCCGUCAUUGCAGUGUGUAUUUACUGAAGUACCUACGCGAUGAAGAAUGUUCAAACGUGUAUAUUCAUUUCUGCUUGUAGUCCUACUCUGAAUGCACUUUUAAUUUACACACAGCAGUCUCCAGUGAAACCAGACUUGACUUCUUGCCAUUUUACCCCAAAAGCAUUUACAAAGUGCAUGAACUGAGUGUCACUCUUUGGGUUCAGACGCAGCGCUGCAAGGCCUUGACUCUUAUCCUCCGUGUGCCUGUAGCAUGUGUUUUAGGAGGGACUGAUAGUAGCAUAGAGCGAGUGUCAGGGCACAGUGGGGUGACGGUUGUCAGAGAUGGAGAGUACGGUGGUGAGGGGAAGGAGGGGAUAUGUACAUUGAUUUUUGUACCUGGUUUUAAUUUAUUAAAUAUAUCUAAGGCAGCA